CAAAAAUAGGAGACUCCAGCGGCCGUCGGGCGGCUGUUUACCGAGCAAGCAGAGUAGCAGUGAGGAAAGUGACAGCCACACGGGAGGCUCGGUGUAUGGUGAAAGACAGGUGAUUUCAGCUUCCACGGUCGCAUUUUAAAGCGUAAUGUUCACUCGAAGGGGGCAUGGCGACGUCAAGAAAUCUACACAGAAAGUUCUGGACCCAAAGAAGGAUGUGUUUACCCGGUUCAAACACCUCCGGACUCUGUUAGAUAUCAUUGACAAGAGUGAGUUGAAGACAUUCUUUGAGAGCAACAGUUCUCAGAUUUAUUUUAUCUUCUAUGAAAAUUUCAUUACACUGGAAAGCAACUUAAAACAAAAAGGGAACAAAUCUCAAAGGGAGGAGCUGGACUCUAUCCUCUUUAUUUUUGAAAAAAUCCUGCAGAAUCUGCCUGAGAAGCUCUACAACAGAUGGCAGUUUCACAGUAUAGGUUCUAUUCUCAAAAAGCUUCUGCACACUGGAAAUUCAUUCAAAAUUCGCUGUGAGGGGAUCCGUCUCUUCCUGCUGUGGCUGCAGGCCCUAAGGGACCACUGUGCAGAGGAGCAGUUCCUCAUCUUUGCCUGUCUGGUGCCAGGAUUCCCCGCUGUGCCCUCCUCCAGAGGGCUGUGCACCCUCGACACCAUCAUUUACAACCCUUUCUCCAACCCCCCAGAUGCCAAGGUGGUGCCUGAGGAGAUCACCCCACUGGUUCCAGCUGUGGCAGGUGAAAAAGCUGCAGAUGACCUGACCUGUUAUAUCCUAGAAAUACUGCUUAAGUACAUGGUCAUCCAGGCAUCCAGUUUAGAAUGGAAGAACAAAGAGAACCAGGACACAGGCUUCAGGUUUCUCUUCACCCUGUUCAAGAAGUACUACCUUCCACACUUAUUUCCCUCCUUCACCAAGCUCACAAACCUCUACAAGCCUUUAUUAGACCUCCCCCACCACAGACCAAAACCCUUGUAUGUGCCAGUGACACGGAACAAUGAGAGCACCUUCUGCACAAGGGAUCAGUACCUAGCACCUCGUGUGGCCUUCAUCACCUGGCUUGUCACUUUCUUCCUGGAGAAGAAGUACAUCAGCAGUGCUGCUUCAGCGCAGAGCGCAAAGAACGGCACCGAGGUCAUUCCCAAACUCAUCCAGACUGUCACUGCAGGCAGUAGCAGCCAGGAGAAGGAUAAGACAUCAGAUGGGGAUGCAAACGGACCAGCGGGGGAGCCUGAGAAGAGCCACUCCAACAGUAGCACCCUGUCAGAUCGACGAGCCAGCGAUUCCAGUUUGUGUAGCGUUGAGGAGGAGCACCGCCAUGUUUAUGACAUGGUGCAGUCCAUUCUGCUCUCCACCCGGGACAAUGUGAACUUCGUCAACGAGAUCUUCCACCAGGCUUUCUUGUUGCCAUCCUGUGAGGCUUCUGCAACCAGGAAGGUCAUCAAAGUGUACAGGAAGUGGCUCCUGCAGGAGAAACCCUCUUUCAUGGCAGAACCCGACAGAACUGCUCGGGAAGAUGAAGUGGACGAAUGCUCCGAACAGAUUAUCAGCACCGAGACAAAUAACAUGCACGUGCAAAUGAUGGAGAGUCACAGUCACAAGCGGUCGUCCAGCUGGGGUAGGACCUACUCGUUCAGCAGUGCCAUCAAUCAGGGCUUCAUCACCGAGGAGGAGAACAGGAACAUCAAAGCCGGCAUCCAGCCAACACUACAGGUGUUUCUGACCAGUUCAUCCAACGUGUUUCUGUUGGAACCAUGCCAGGAUGUACCAAAACUCCUGGAAAAUCAGGUUGAGGUGUGCAAGGGUGUUCUUAGCAUCUAUCGGCAUAUGAUCAUGGAGCACUCCAUGAAUACACAGACGUGGGAGCAGAUGUUGCAGGUACUACUGAGAAUCACAGAGGCUGUGAUGAAGAGGCCACAGGACAACCAAAGAAAAGACAGCUUUGCUGAAAGUUUAGCAUCUUUGCUUUUUAGGACCAUCAUUGUGGCGUGGGUACGAGCCAACCUGUGCGUAUUUAUCUCCCGGGAGCUUUGGGAUGAGCUGCUGGCAGUGCUGUCCUCUCUUACCUGCUGGGAGGAGCUGGUGACAGAAUGGGCCAGCAUCAUGGACUCGCUUACGGCUGUGCUGGCACGCUCCGUUUAUGGCCUGGACAUGGCCAACCUGCCUCUGGACAAACUCAGUGAACAGAAGGAGAAGAAGCAGAGAGGACGUGGAGUGAUCCAGGACUCUCAGAAGGCAGCAGCAGUUGCACGCUCAUUCUCCCUGAGCUGGAGGAAUCAUGGGGAACAGGGCGGGCCACCAGUACAGGAGCCCAUGAGGACUCGCUCAGCCACUACUUCAGGAGCACCGGGUGUGGAGAAGGCCCGGAACAAUGUCCGACAGAAGGCCUCUGCUAAGCGAAGCCAGUCCAUCAGCAACUGUGUUCAUCUAUACGAGGCUUUGCCCACUACUAAAAGUGUUCCUAUGCUGCUCCACACUGUGAGCUCUUUCUUGCCUGGUAUCUCUUCUGGUAACUCUGCUUGCUCUCACAGACUCUCAGAUGUGGAGGAGUGUCAGCUGUCAGAGUGUGGGGGAGAGGAGGAGCUGGGAGGCAGAGACAGUCCUCUGCCGCGUAGCAGCAGCACCUCAGACAUCACCCAACAGCUGUCUGAGACCUUACCAGUCCAGCAGAGAGAGUACUCGCCUACUUCCUGUGGUUCUGAUAGCAGGAUGUCUGAGGGCAGGACUGAGAGCAGUGAACCACCUGUGAUCCUCAUCCGACGGACCAGCAGCUCAGCUGAGACAGAGUGCAAUACUGAGGGACACGCAAACUACACGAGGCCCAAGCUCAGAGAGAAAAGUGAGAGUGUUAGUAGCGAGACGUCCAAUGGCUACCUCAAUGAGGCUGAAGUUACCUGGCAGGCGUUUGAUGAGGAAGCCGAUAAUCAGUCCACGCAGUCGGCACACAUGGACGUAACAGUUGAUCCUCAGAGCCAGGGGAGUCUGCUGCUCAGCCAUAAUGAAGCUUUAGCAGGUCCUGAGUGUGCUCUCCCUACCCACUCCGCAUCCCCGUCCUACCACCACAACCACCAAAACCACUACCACUACCCCCAGAAUCCCCCCGCUUCACCAGCCCUGCUGGUGCACACAGAGUGCCCACGGGAUUGCCCCCUGGACGACACCAUGCAUCAGUCUGUCUUACACAUGCCACACCACUUGGAUAGCAGUGAGUUUCUGGCUGAUGAUGUCAGCAUCAUUGCUGGUGGGACUCUGACUGGCUGGCAUGCUGAUUCAGCCUUCGUCCUGUGGAGGAGAAUUUUGGGUAUCUUGGGAGAUGUCAACAAUAUCCGCUGCCCCAAAAUCCAUGCCAAGGUCUUCUCCUAUCUCUAUGAGCUGUGGCACAAGCUGGCCAAGAUUCGGGACAAUCUUGGGAUUAGUGUGGACAACCAGUCUUCUCCGCCCCAACCUGCCUUCAUCCCACCUCUUCGAAUGCUUGCGUCCUGGCUUUUCAGGGCCACCAUGCUGCCUGCAGAGUACAAGGCUGGCAAACUGCAGGCCUUCAAACUGAUCUGUGAGAUGAUGACCAGGCACCAGGAUGUGCUCCCCAACAGUGAUUUCCUGGUGCACCUUUACCACAUCAUGCACAAGGGCUUCAUGAGCGAUGACCCGGAUGUUUUGAACACCAUCAUCCGCUCCUGCUCUCCUCGAUUCUUCUUCCUCGGCCUGCCGGGCUUCACAAUGCUGAUUGGAGAUUUCAUCGCUGCUGCUGCCUGCGUCCUCACCUCUGGCUCCUCAGAGGCUCCGAGGGUGGAAGCUCAGACGAUCCUGGGCUCCCUCGUGUGUUUCCCAAACCUCUACCUCCAGAUUCCUAUACUGCACCGUGUGCCUGGCUCUGAUGACAUCAAUGUGAGCAAUGAGGACAUCAAGAAUUACUUGGUCAACAUCCUGCUGGAGACGGCAACGAAGGAGCACUAUGAAGGGGCGAGGUGCAUUGCUGUGUGCAGCCUGGGUCUGUGGGUGUGUGAGGAGCUAAUGCAAAAGAACAUCCACCCCCAGGUUAAAGAUGCCAUCAAUGUUUUGGGAGUGACACUAAAGGCACAGAUUCAAGGUGCAGGGAGCAUUCCUCAGAGAUUUUGGUCCAUAUCAAUCUUUGUGGCCACAAUAGCCUUUUUGUUGCCGAGCGCAGAGCACUCAACGGUGGAAGCGGACAAAAAGUUGAUGGUAUCGCUUCUGCUUUGCCUGUUGGACUGGUGCAUGGCUGUUCCCUUGAGUCUGCUGCUUGAGCCUAUCACCAUGCCGUCACUGGAGGACCACACAGCCCACAAGGCCCCGCUGCUGGACUACAUCUACAGGGUGCUGCACUGCUGUGUGGCUGGGUCCAACCUGCACACCCAGCAGAGCCACUAUCUGCUCACCCUGUCUGACUUGUCCAGUGACUAUGACCUCAUGCUGGGUCAGGUUAAGCGUUGCGAGCCACCCCCGUCACAGACACCCACCAUGGACUUAGGCAACCUACUCACUGUGGCUGAGGAAAAGCGUCGCCGAAACAUGGAGCUGAUCCCGCUGACGGCACGGAUGGUCAUGACACACCUUGUGAACCAUUUGGGCCAUCAUCCCCUGAGCGGCGGCCCCGCUCUCCUCCACAGCCUCGUGAGCGAAAAUCAUGACAACCCAUACGUGGAGUCGUCCGAGCUGUCUUCCGAGGUCUUCAAAAGCCCCAACCUGCAGCUUUUUGUCUUCAACGACAGCACGCUGGUGUCCUACCUGCAAAUCCCUGCCGAGACUCCCACCGUUGGAGAGUCCCUGCACACUUCCUCCCAAGUACGCGUCAUUGUCCGGGACAUCUCGGGCAAGUACUCGUGGGAUGGUGCCAUCCUCUACUGCACCGCACAUGAAGACUUUGAUGUGGGAGCCUUUAAACCAGUUGACCCUUCCCUUUCUGCAGCCACUGCAGUCAACCACAGCAGCAACCCGCCCCCCUCCCCAGUAGCAGGACCGCACAAGCGUCAUUGCUCAGGCUCCGAUUGCCUCUCAAACUCUUGCGAGGAGGAUGAGUUUGAUGUUCUCGAUAAGCUUUUGGAGGACCUCGGACACAGCAGCCCAGAAUGUCUUCCCCAGCCACGACUUAAGCUUAACCAGCCGGCCGCGUCACCACACGGAAUGAACCUAGAGCAAGAGAACGCCAUCCUGGAAGCCAUUCAUCGUCAGACUCAGCAGGAGGAGGAGCAAGUGAGGAGGUGGGAGGCUGAUGUAAGCUUUCGGGCUGACUGCCAGAGCGAACCGUCCCACCAGGAACCAAAAGCUCCUUUUUACUUCUGCCGGCUGCUGCUUAAUGAUCUUGGGAUGAACUCUUGGGAUCGCAGGAAAAGCUUCCAUUUGCUGAAGAAAAACUCUAAACUCUUACGGGAACUGAAGAACUUGGACUCCAGGCAGUGCCGAGAGACGCACAAGAUUGCUGUGUUCUACAUUGGAGAAGGCCAAGAAGACAAGUGCUCCAUUUUGUCUAACAGCACAGGAAGCCAGGACUAUGAAGACUUUGUAUCUGGACUGGGAUGGGAGGUGGACCUAGCCACGCACUGUGGCUUUAUGGGCGGGCUCCAGAGGAAUGGCAGCACAGGUCUAACGGCUCCUUAUUAUGCUACCUCCACUGUGGAAGUAAUUUUCCACGUCUCAACGCGUAUGCCAUCUGAUUCUGAUGACUGCCUCACCAAAAAGCUGCGUCACCUGGGAAACGAUGAGGUGCACAUAGUGUGGUCCGAGCACACCAGGGACUACCGGCGCGGCAUCAUCCCAACUGACUUUGGAGAUGUGCUGAUAGUCAUCUACCCAAUGAAGAAACACAUGUAUUUCAUCCAGAUCAUGAAGAAACCACAGGUUCCCUUCUUUGGCCCUCUGUUUAAUGGCGCUAUCGUCACUGGAAUGCUGCUGCCAAGUUUAGUACGGGCUACCUGUAUCAAUGCCAGCAGAGCUGUCAAGUCCCGGCUGACUCUCUACCAGAGCUUCUAUGAGGAGCGGGCACUCUACUUGGAGGCCAUUGUUCAGAACCAUAGAGAGGUCAUGACCUUUGAAGACUUUGCCUCACAGGUUUUCUCCCCCUCCCCUGGAUAUCCAAUGAGUGGGACAGCGUGCAGGCGUUGGCCGGGGAUGGUUUGGGACAUGGAGUACCCCUGGGCCAAACUGGACUGGUCUUUCACCGGCAGCGGAAGCACCGAAGCCGGAAGCAUCACCACCACGACAACAGAUUCAGUCGACCAGGUGUCUCCCACCAUGCCCCGUGCCACAAAGAACAGAGUUUCCGGGAAACUCCGCCGAUCAGCCAGCGCUAUAAGCAAAUCCUCCAACUGAGCUCUUCAACCCAUCCCCCUCUUCCCCCUACCCGAGUGCCGCCUUCAGUCUUUUCUCGAAAAACCUCACAAACUCAGCCGAGACUGCAAGAAAUUACUUUGAUGUUUCAUUUUUUUUUCCGUUUUUGUGACAUAUAAACAUUAACUGGAGCAUACGGCAAUUUUUAAUUUAAGUGGCGAUCAUUGAUUUCUUUGUCAGUACAUUUCACUUUGUUGUGGUGUUAACUGAGACAGGUGUGUACGUGAAAGUAAGCUAUUUAUGUUCGUCGGUUUCAGCAUAGGAGGCACCUGCAAUGAUUUUAUCCUCAUUUUCUAGAGCGCUCGCGUGCGCUAGAAAAACACUUAAAGUUCUUACUGUAGUAAGGUAAUGGGAGACUGUUUUACCCUGUUUCUGCAGUUCCUCUGUCCCAGCACUUCAUGUAACAAAGCACUGAUGACGCAGCUGUAAAUGACACCACGCUAAAACUGCACAAGAGUUUGGUAUCCAUUUAUAAAUAAGUCUGCCUUUUAUACCUCUGUUUGCAUCCGCCACAGCCUCUCUGUGUCAAAGAUACCAUUUCAGUUAGCGGCAGUGUGAUGCCGUCCCAUCCACGUUGGGGAAUGAUGUUCCUGCAGGGAAAAGCACCAAUGGAUGGGGAAAGCCUCCCCUGAAUGUUUCGCAUUCGCUGCACUAGUACACGGGAGUCCCUGCAGCAUGUGCAGCCAGAGGCUGUUUAAUUGUUUUGAACUCGGAGUGGACAAUCGAUGACGUCUUUCUAACUUGAGCUGAAAUGACAUUUGGGUUUCGUUUUUUUUACUACUCUAAUUUUCUUUUUUAAAUGAAUUCCAAUGGAUCGCGUCAUUAUUUGAUUUAUGCAACUGCUCUGGAAUGAGAAAACACUGCGUUUGUAAUUGUUUUCUGAUGUCGUUAACAUAGGCUCAUGUCCGGUAAUUAAAUAAGUUCCUCCUGUCUCUUUCCUCUGCUAUCAGUUUCCCUGUCCUGUAAAGCCGAGACAUCGACAUUCCAACAUUCCCAACACACGCCGACCACGGUCUUUGCACUCACUCUUGUCAGUUAACAUCAAAUGCUUCUUUGUUCUUGGAUGUAAAUUGCUUUAAAUAUUAUUUGUUGAUGUCAGUCUGUUGGAUGGACUGUUUGAAUUAUCUUUUGCGGUGUUGUGUGUUUGUGUGGUGUUUAAAGGAAAAAUGCCGCCAGAGCCUCAGGUAACUCCAUGCACUGGUGUGUGUGUGUGUGUGUGUGUGUGAGAGAUUGUGUUUCUGAGGGAGCUUCUCACAGUGCCUGUGUAAUGUCUGUCUUCUAAGAUGAUGUCCCACACUAUUUCCACGCCCCACAAUCAAAUCUCAGCGUCCCGUCUCCUCCUCAGGAGUAAAAAAACAAAAAAAGUCUCUUCCUCCCUCUGCGUCUCUCAAGUUCACGUCUCAUGAAAACAGCAACAGAUGGAUUUUUGCUCUUUAUUUAUUGGUGGUGUGCUGCCACCUUCUUUGUGUCAGUUGCAUCCAUUCGUCCUCUUUCCCAUGAUCCUCUUCCCAUGUCAUGGCCUCCUGAGGCCACGGGAGGGGAUGGCGGUGGGGAGGAGGGGGCUGGGUUUAGGUGGCAUGCCAGAGCUGAACUCUUAACAGCCCUCCUAGCAACAGCCAGCCCGCCUCUCGCACUCCUCCAACCUGCCAGCUCGAGUUGUCAUGGUAGCCAGGUGUCCCCCGCCUCCCCUCCCUCCCACUCACCCACUCACUCGCAAACAUACUCACUCACAUAAACACACUAUAGACUCUCACCCUCUGAGGGCUCCACCUAAGCUGCAACACUAUCCCCCAUCUGUUGCACUACUAUGCCUUACUUUCCCUGCGUUCCUCUGUCGGUUUCUCCACAUCUCACCUCCUGUUGGUCCGUUCCCCGAGCAGGAUGUGAGGAAUCCCCGCAGCAGGAGGAGGACUGACAGAUCUGUGCUCUCUUUAUUUUAUGUGUUGUCAUUUUUGAGGAAUGUAUAGAUAUAUAGGCCUGGAUCACAUCUAUGGUUUUAAUUUUCCCCAAAGCCACUUGAAGGAACUGACCAUGAUGUUGAUCCAAAGAUUGUAGCUUAUAGAAUAUGUCUGUUAAAGGAGGGCUCGCGCCUUCCUUUCGGAGGAUUAGUCACUGGAGGUGUUAGUUCGGACCAAGAUUGUGUGUCUUAUACGCGUGAAGAAAUUGAGAUAGUCGUAGUUUUAGUUAUUUUCUCCUUCUCGUUUUAGAAAUCCUUGUACAUUGUGUCAAAUUUGAGGGCUUCAUUGCCCUCAGGAUAUAAAUAUAUUAAUGCCUGUAAUAUAAUCUUUGUAUAAGAGGGGGGAAAAGCUUGAAACUUUCAUCAUUACUUGUCAACAUAUCAAACUGUUUUUAAUGACCGAAGUCCUGCUAUCUUUAUUAGAAAUGUGAAAACUGAAACAUUUCAUUAAAUCAAUUUGAAAUUC